ACUGGAUGUAGAGAUUCGGAAGCUAUUGAUGCUUGCCGGAGUGACCCAAGCUGAGCUCCUCAAACUCAGCCCAGAACUUGGUGUUUGUGUUGGAGGAUUAGAGGAUGAAGUCGAUGGAGAUGACGUUACCUCGUCCAGGUCCGGGAACCUACAUGAAUUCAGACUAAAAGAUCAGAAUGAGAUGAAGGAAUGUGGCCCAGAGUUUAUGGCCAGAGACCGAUGGAGAAGCAGAAACAAGACGGAUUCAGAUCGAAUAGCAGAAAAAGAAUGCCAAAUGAACGAGGAGAGCUCACCAAGAACAACUUUGUUCACAGAGAUGGCAAGGAGAAGGAAGAGGACCUCCGACCCUUACUACAGCAGUGAUUUGUGCAAUACACAGGAAACUAAGAAUAUGAGCUUUGAUUCUUUCAGGUAUCCUGCAGAAUUACUAGAUUCUCCUCCCCCUCCUCCUCCUCGCCCCUUACCCCCAAUCCCCCCAUCGGUGCCGCACCACAAAGUCAGCACUCUCCAGGCCAACUCUGCACAGCCUGAGCGAUUUGAUUGGCUCAUAGCAUUCACACCUGACACUGAAGCCCACCCAAAACAUCCACCGCUGUCAGUGAGAAAAUCUCACGUUGAAAAUCAAAAGAAGCUCAGUUCCACAGGGUCAUCUCCGGGAUUAGCGCCAAAAGUCACAACUUUUAAAGAGCUGCGAUACCGCAAUAAGAGCACCUUCCUCCAAACAAAGGUGAUUACAGAUCCAGACCCGGACCCCACAGUCAUUACUCCUGAUGCAGAUAUAUUGUACAACCUGAGGUGGAGACGAGAGAUGGCAGGCGGCGACGGCAACCAAUGGGAGUACACCUCUCAGGCUCAGGCCUUCUUUAUGCAGCCGCCACCGGCCCUCACCUCAAUGGCCGCUUUGAAAGAAAUGCUCCAGAGAGCCGAUGAGGAGGGGAGACAACCAGAGCUGUGCCCAUCACAGAAGAUUGGCUGCUCGGCCAGUGACAACAGCCUGUGGACCAUCGGCAGAGAGUGGAAGGGUGAAGAAAUUAAGCGGGAAGAAAAGCAGGAGAAAGAAGAAAAAGAUGAGGAGGAAAAGGUGGCGGUGGAGGUGAGAGGACGAGCUGAUGGAGGAGGGACUUUUGAAUCAAGAACUACAGUUUCCUCCCCGCCCCUGUCCCUCGCCCAGUCCUCCCGACCCUAUUUCCUGCACCCUGCCCUCCCUCCCUUUCGUCCUGGCUACUGUAACUCCAAGCCCUUUGCCGAUCCCAGACCCCACAGCCACGCAGGCAGGGAGUCCUCCGACAAACACUGCAACACACAGUGGGCCCCCGUUGCUGGCUCAGCCUGCACCCGCACAGAUGAUUCCAGCACUGAUAUAAACUCUGCCAUCAACUAUGAAUCUCUGGAUCAUUUGAGUGCGGACUCCCCUUGGGAUUAUGGCAAGACACGCGGGGACCUUGGAUCGGCCUCCGUCUGUCCCUUUGACUCUCUAUACUGCAGUGACUCGGCGACCAAGUCCGACACGCCCGUUAGUGGGGCCGUGCCGGCUCCGCUUUGCACGACCCCUUAUAAGAACGUAGAUGUCAUGAUGACAUGUUCAAACUCUGUCAGCGCUUUAGGCUCGCUUUGUUCAGAAAAGCCCAGCAGCAAGGCCAGGACAUCUAAGGAGCUUCCCCCUCUUCCUGCAUAUUACUUGUACCACCCGAAAAACUGCCCUCUGCACAGGGGCGCCCCUCCUCGCCUCUCCCCUAUUGGCGCCCUCUCUCCUCCCCUGCGCUCCGGUGCGCUCCCCCCCGGCGUAUCAGGCUCCGGCCUCAGCUCCCCGCUUUUCCCCCGCUCGCACACCUUGCCUGCCCUCGCUGCUCCCCUUUACUACCCAAACCUCUACCCUCCCAUACCGCCAAGAGCACCCGCCCUGCCCCCAAAACUCCACCAGGCUCCUCCGCAGUCACGUGUGGCGACUGUUCGCAGUGUCUCAUUCGCUGGCUCUGUGCAGAGGAUAGAGGCGUCCUGGAUGGGUGAAGAUGUGAGGCAUCCGGUGAGAGGUCCGGGCCUGUCCUCUCUGUGCCUGCAGGAGAAAAAAGCUCUGGUCGGUGCGGUCAGUGUGGCGGUGGAAGCCAUCUUGGCCCAGUUCAGUUCUUCCCGGACUGUAGUUCAGAAGUCUCACUCAGUUAACAAGGCUUUGUCAGGAGACGGCACCAUAAAUCCAUCUCUGGGCCGUCUGGUGCUGCAGUGUCUCUGUCCUGCCCUCCACUGCUUGCUGACCGAUGGUUUGAAACCUCACCAGAGUGACCUGAUUGCAGGCAGGAGGCCAAAUUCAGCCUGGGGUCUCGUCCAGGCCUCCACCAGGCCAGGUCCUAAAACUCAAGCAUUGUUCAACCUACAAGUUUGUGUUGGUGAGCUGCCUCAGCUCAGACAGAACAAACACAGAUUCAAUGCAUUUCUGCUUGGUUUACUGAAUACCAAGCAUCUGGAUUUCUGGCUAUCCCACCUCCAGUCUUGCAGCAAUGUGCUGGAGACGUAUUACCGCCCUUCUUCCUUCAUGCAUCUGUCGCUGACCGCCUGCCAGCCUCUGUUCGAAGAGCUGCUCCUCGUGUUGCAGCCUCUCAGCCUGCUGACGUUCAACCUCGACCUGCUCUUCCAACACCACCACCUAGAGCCAGAUAAUCCCACUCCGGAGAUCCCCAGUCCACCAUGUCAGGAUGGCGGAUUCCAGCGGCCAACAGAGGGGCCCAAAUCCCAAAUUGCGAGCUGCAGAUAUAUUGAAAGUCUCUCCGAAGUAGACUUUGGGAGCCAAGAAAAUCGGGCAGCCAAAGAGAAAUUGUCACCACUGAUUAAUCCAAAGAACGGAGUACCAGGGGCGUCGACAAAUAGCACCGCUGCACCCGCGAAAGCUUCGGUCAUUCAGACCAGUCCUCAGCUGCUGUGGGUGCAGGAGAAGGACAUUGGAGACUUGCCUCUGCCUGAUGUUGAGGAGGACAGCCUCGUUCAGCAGGCAGGACAGGUGAUGCAGCAGGGAUGGGGAGCGGUGAUGCGCUGGGGAGGCCGGCUGAGCCAGAACCUGUCUGAGCUGAACCUGAAGAAGGAGGAGCUAAAGACGGACCUCCAGGCCCAAGCAGGGAGCGACUUUGCUGCGGUGGGCAGUGGUGCUCCGGUUCCCUGGGGUUUCGGGCGGCUCUUCGGAGCCUCUAAGAGCCUCAACAGCCCGCCGGGUCACACGCCGCCAGCCAGGCGUCCCUCUCAGUGGCUGGCGCCCGGCGUCACCGCGCUCACACGAAUGGUGAGCAGCAACUCCACUCCGAUGAUAAGGACGGGCCGGGAGCCCGAGGGAGAAAGUGAGCCAGAGUCCGAGCAGGAGGUUGACACGUUGGAGAUGAAGGACAAACCCAGACCGCUCAGGUCCGUACGAACGCUGUGCGAUCACUCUGGAGCGGGUUCGGAGCUAACCUUCUGCAAAGGGGAGGAACUGGUGGUGUUGGGAGGAGUCGACCAGGACUGGAUUCGCUGUCGUCAGGGAGACAAAGAGGGACUGGUACCUAUUGGCUACACCUCCCUCAUCAUGUGACCGCACUCAAUCAACAAAAAAUAAAUAAAUAUAUAUAUAUUUUAGGCGAGUGUUGAGAGGUUAUAGUUAGGCUUCACUACUCUGAAAGGGAUAUUUCACGCUUUCUCAGUUUGAGUGUGAGUUGAGUGCAUAACACCAUCUGUUCUGCUUUCUCCUUUAUGAACAUAUGGUAGUUUCCCCCCCCCCCCAUUGCACUCCAUCCAAUUUGGUAGCAUUAAACUAAUGGAUGUUGGCAGGAGGAGUGCAGCAGACGCUGUGAAUUAAUGACUCAAGUCAAACUUAAACCGUUUCAUACUGCAGAAGAAGACCUUUUGAUCUCGGAGUGAAGUAUCCCUUUAGAAUGUUCUUUUCUGUACGUCUGCCUUCCCCGUCAGCCGCUGAUCUGAAAGUGAUCGCAAGGCAUCUUCUGCCCAAUCGGCAACUUGCACACGUGACUGCUUUCAGAUCAGAGGCUGCGUGCCGCGAGCAGGCGACAUUCGACGACCUGUUGGGAGCCACCUGGAUAUCUCUCGCUGUCAGCUGGAGAGACUGUCGGCCUGCGGGUUGUCGGGUGGAGAAAGAAUGUGAGAGUACUGGGCCGUAGCUCCUGUUGCAUACUGCGUAGUAAUGUAGUGAAUUGUAGCUGUGUAGACCUGUGUUCUAUUGACAUUCAUCCCGAUUGACCUCUGACCUUUAUCGCCUGGUUCAUGUGUGUUUGACAUGUUAACAAAUUUGACUGUAUAAAUAUACAUACAAAAUAUAUAUAUAUAUAUAGAGGUAUAUACAUGAGAUUGAUAUUACCAAGAUAGAUAGAAAGAUGGAUGAACAAGAGAAAGUGGAUAGUAAAACACAAGUGACAGCUUGAGGCCGCAUUGAGGAUGUGGAUGAUUAAAAAAAUGAAUUAAUUAAUUCUAAAUCCUUCAAUCCACAACUUCCCACACACAUUAAGUGGUUGUCAUACAUGCAAAAAAAAAAGUGUUUCAGUAUGAAAUUUAAAAUCUUUCCUCCUGUUUGCGUCAUGUAAUGCAAUUGUCUUGACAUCAUAUUUAUACAUUCAUUAGACUUAUUCUCAUAACCUCAACACUGUACGCAUUGUAAUGUGCCAUGAAUGCUCUGAAUGAAUGACAGAAAAUAUAGAUCUACCGAUCCAUCCCUCCCACACAGCUACAGAAGAUAAUGUCCAUAUUAUGUUGAUGAUAUUGUCUCUCAAUUUGUCCCAAUUUGUCCAAAACCUCAAGGGGCCCUAAACACCACACCAAACUACGCUCAACUCUUGUUCAACUACAUCUGACCUUAAACGUAAUGAAGUGAGAAAAUCCCAGAGGUGUUUAUGAUGUCUUCAUAAACGUCCACAGGGUUGUUGGCUGGUUCUUCACUUCAUAACUCAGCUGUUGUAUUUAUCUCAACCCUUCCCGCCAUGUUUGCUCAUCAUAAUCAUUGAUAUUAAUGAUAGUGGUAGAAGUGGUAGUGGUGAAAGUGAUACGUUGAUUCUAACCACAUUGCAUUAUGUCAUAUAAUUAUUAGUUAUUCUCUAGAUUGUGUAUAAUAACUAUGCAUAUGGUUAAAUGUACAACUAACAGUCUUUGUUUUGAUUUGACGUUGACCCACAAAGCCUAAAACAAUAGCUAAGAUUGUUAAAGGUAAUAAUAAAGAGACAUAUUUUGGCUGGUAUAGAAAGGCUGACACUGAAGGACCUCCAUUUAACCAGGUAGGAAAGUUUCUUUGCUGUUGAUUAAUCAGGGAAAGCUCAGUUUUCUUCAAAGUUUCCUCGUUUCAUUGUGUCAAUGCCAUGUAGCGUGACGUUACGGUCACUAUGGCAACUGUCCAGUAGCAUUAAUUGAACCAGUGCUCAUAUCCUAUGAUCACAAUAAAAAUGGAAAACAGCUGGAUGUUUACAAGAAAUAAUGUCUCGAGAAAGAUGAAAUAUCGGUCGACACACUGAAUCGUGUUUAUAUUUUUUGAUUUGUUUACUUGUGAAAUUCUGGUCUAAAUGGAUUUGUACCAAUGCUGUUUGGAUUUUAUUUAUUGGAUGUACAACUUAUUGAUCUUGAAGUUUCUGAAAGGAAAAGCUCUAUCUGACCCAUCUAGUGUCUCUCUAUCUAUCUGGGUUGUGUGUGUGUGUGUGUGUGUUUUGAGAGAGAGUGCACAUGGCAGCGUAUUUGGCAGUGGAAGCAGAGAUAUGAUUGAACACUUCGGUGUGUCUGCACAACCCGCACUUUCACUGUGUGCGUGUAUGUGUGUAGGGGUGUGCAUGUGUGUGCCGCUUGCGUGUAACAAUGAGAAGUGUGCCUCCCUCUUCUUUCUGUCUCUGGUGUCAUGUAGCCUGUCGACAUCUCCGUGUCCUACUAUUGCAUAUAGUUCAGUGCCCCUCUAGUGUCAGUCACUGUCAAACUCCUGCAUGUGCUUGUUUGUAAAUACACCAAAUAAAAUGAUCAGUAUAAACCAAA